AUGGCGGGUAGUGGAUCCAAGUCCUUCACCUCCAGAUCCAUCGACCCCGAGCUCAUCCCAUGCGGCCCCGAGGAGGACGUGGCCGUCCGGGUUGCACUCGGCCGCUCCAGGAGGAAGCCCGUGCGAGUCAGCGCUCGGACUCCUUCCGUUGAAAAUCCAUUGCCUCCGCCCAAAUGGCGCAGUCCGUCGGGCGUCCGAACGCAGUGGUGGACGCGCAACCCCUCCGUUGGCGCAAACAUGGCGCGGCGUGCCGGCCGUGCGAGGCAGCGGGCGCGGGAGGCGGCGACAUCCCUCGUGGCAGUGGACAUCGGCGAGGCGAAGUCGCAUUCUCCGGCGCCCCGUAUGGUGCACCAGUCCAAGCGCCGCAACCGCGUCAUGAUGGAUGUCGCUGGCUCAUCCCAGGACGGUUCCAUCAUCGAGCUGACAUCCAUCAGCACCAUUCGGGUUUCGGGCUCCAACGAGGAAGAGUAUGGCAUGGGAGACGUCGGCACCUUGAGUCCCCUCAAGCUGGAGGAGGACAAGAACCGGUUGUCCAAGGGCUUAGACCCUUGGAGCAACCCUACCGCCGCCGCCACCACCAGCACCCUGCACUACCUGCUCCAGGAGAAGGAGAGAGCGCAGGCGCAGGCGCAGCUCCAGAUCUACCACCAGCAAGGGUUCGGCUACCUCCACCAACACCGGAGGCAGCAGGCAGGGGGCGGAGGCGCCGAUGGCGGCAGCAGCGGCGAAUCCACGCCGGUGGCGGACGCCCUGGCGACGGCAUUCGGGAGCGGGCGCAUCGUGCGGUCCGCGGCGGGGCGCAAGGACAGGCACAGCAAGGUGUGCACCGCGCGUGGGCUGCGCGACCGCCGCGUCCGCCUCGCCGCGCACACCGCCAUCCGCUUCUACGACGUGCAGGACCGCCUCGGCUACGACCGCCCCAGCAAGGCCGUCGACUGGCUCAUCCGCAACGCCAAGGCCGCCAUCGAGGAGCUCCCCGACCGGCCCGAGGAGGCGCCGCCCACCGCGGACCCCGAGGCCGCCGAGCAGAUGUCCGAGCAGGUGACCUCCACGUCGUCCUACGGGUUCGGCAACCCCGGCGGCACUGCCAUGACCAACUCCUUCCUUCAACAUUCACUUGGCGCGGACCAAGUCUCCGACAGUGUCAAGUCCUUGUUCCCUUCCUCGUCCACGGCCACCGCCAGCGGCCACGACGAGUACCGGGGCUCCCCGCCAGACCUCCUGUCGCGCACCACCAGCAGCCAGCCCCAGGAGCUGUGCCUUACCCUCCAGUCCAACCAGCAUAACAUGUUUAGCCAUGUAUCUCCCAACCAUCACGGUAUCAUCUCGGGUGCAGGCGUUCCAGGGUGGCCGGACCACGGCCAGAGAAUGCCAUCGUCGUGGCAUGCCUCUGACAACGACGCGGGAGAGGGCCGUGGCGCCGGUGGCAACGGCGACAGCUACAUGUUUGCAGGCAUCCCGGCGCGGCAAGGGCUGGACCAAGGCCAGCUCUUCUCGUCCAACGGGGAAACCCUUCAGUCCAGUGCCGCCUGGGCCGCGUCUGCCCGCGCUUGGCUAGACCCUCUCGCCGGAAUCCACCAGCCUUCGGCAAUGUCUGGGCAGAUCGGAUUCAGCCAUCUGGUUGGCGGCGGCGGCGGCGGCGGGUUUAUGGGGUUCCUCGCGCCGGCUGGACAGCGGCUCCAGCUCCAGGGCGAGGAGGAGGAGGAAGGAAGCGACGUGAUGCGAAGAGACUGAUGAACCGGCCGGCGCAUGAGGUGUGAGAUUUCUGUUAACGCACUUCAUUUGAUCCGGUGCUCAGUUGUAUGUCAUUUUAUGUAGGGUUUAUGUCAUCAGAUUUGUCAUUAGCUGUUACGACUUUUAUAUUCAUUCAUGCAUGUACAACUAUGGCUUAAUUAAUUAAGAGUACGUUCCCUUGGA